AUGAAUUUAUUACAACGAUUUACAAUGAAAAAAUUACAAAUUGAACAGAUAUUCAAUAAAGGAUUUGAACAUUGGAAAUAUUUUACAAUACGUAUGGAAUAUUCAUUAUCAGAUUAUCGUAAUGGACGUAUAUCAAAAACUAAUCAUUCAAUUAAACGUGGCAUAUACAUUUCAAUAAUUGGAUGGGCAAUGAUUAUUUCAUUUACUAUUGAUAUGUAUUAUCCAGAAAAUCCAUUUUUCAUUAAUAUGAAAUUAUUUGAUCAAAUGUUAGGCUCACAACGAAAUGAUCUAUUAGCCAUUGAAUUAAUAAUCAUAUCCAUUAUAAUGGAAUUAACAUGGCUAUAUUUAAUCAAUAAUGUUCUACAAUAUCGUUGUUCCAUUACUAAUUUUAUUGCCUUUAAAAAAUGGUCAUCAUUUAUAUCGAAACGAUUGGAUAAACGUGUAAGACAAAAUCUUAUCCGUUUCUAUAUUAUUACUGAUUUUUUAUCAGUCACAUUUUAUUAUACACUUAUUAUUGCAUUGAUUAUCGUCGAUAUUUUAUUCACUUAUUUGUGCCAGCAAUUGUCAUUAUUACUGCAUAUAUAUGCUAUUUAUUGGGUCAAUUAUUUUAUUCAUUAA